CAAUAAAGAGUCCGACCCCGGGCAUUUGCAUGUUCUGUUUGCGAACGCCCUUCAAUUAGGGUGCGCUGCGUCACGUGCGCCCACAAUGGCGCUCCAUUGUGGAGCCCUUCUCCCCGGCCGAAAAAUGGCUACGCCCCAUUGCGCAUCGAUCGCCCAGGGCGGGUCACGUGGUGUACGACUCCACCUUCGAGGUACCGCCCCGAAAUUUCACGUGCUCGCCCUCGCUCGGCGUCCAGACCGCAGUGCCAUGCAGCCGGUCGCGCCGCCGCGGACGCCCAGCCCGGCCUCCCGGGCCUCGCCCAAGGCGCCCCAGCACACCCCGUUCUCCGUGGACGACAUCCUGGACCCUGAAAAGUUCACGGGAGCAAAGUGCCGCUGGUUGCACGAGGAGGAGAGCCAGCCACCCUUGACCGCGAACGAAUCCCGCGGUCCGGAGGUCAAGAGCGGCAAGAAGAAGAAAUCGGUGAGCGAGAACGGCAAAGGGGCGGCGGCGGCGACAGGCGGAAAACCUCGGCGAGCCCGCACAGCCUUUACGUAUGAGCAGUUGGUUGCCCUGGAGAACAAGUUCAAGACGACCCGUUACCUCUCCGUCUGCGAGAGGCUCAACCUGGCCCUCACGCUUCGCCUGACGGAGACGCAAGUCAAGAUCUGGUUCCAGAAUCGGCGUACCAAGUGGAAAAAGCAAAACCCGGGCCUGGACGCCAACAGUCCGACGGGGCCGCCGACGCCAGGCUCCCCGGGACCCUUCGUGCAACCUCCGUACGCGCUGUACGCACCGGCCUACCUGGGCCCUUACACCCUGCAGCCUUUCUUCCCGUCGUAGCAGCGGCGCGGGCGCCCGAGUCUCACGUCGUCGCCCCGGACGCCCCCAGCACCCGACGACGCGCACCUACCGGCAAUAAAGGCGUUGCUCUCCACGGAGGCGGGCUCCGGAGCUCCGCCUGCUCGGCCGACGUUCCCUCUCCACGCUUGGCGUUCCACGCUGCGUGCGGCACAGACCUUGGUGUCGUUCUUCGAGAAGACGUUCAUCCCGAGACACGUAUUGACGAACACCCGUUUCCUAUGUGUCACGUGGUCGCUCUACCAAACUUAACUACGCAACAGAUUUCCGUAUCACGUAUGCAACCUUUUCAUUUCGGAAUCUAGAAUCGGAAUCUUGGCGAUCCUGUAUCACAAGUAAUUCCCGUCCACUGGGACCUGCAUGUGCGGAAUGGUCAUGGUCAUGAUGCCGAACGAAAACUACAAUAUCACGAACGAGACUCGAAAAAAAA